UUCAGCGCUCAGCGUCAGUCUUAUCAUACGCGUAGUUCAGUCCACAACGCUCUGUUCGUCACAUCUCUCCUGCUAAGUACGAUGAACAACGAUUGUGAAAUUACGUCGACCAAAACAACCGUGGUUGAUUGGAGAAACGCCGACUUUUUUCAAGAUGUGGUUUCCAGUAAUUUGCAACUGCCGGUUGAAGAUUUCGCAAUAUUGGAUGUGAGCGUAGCGAAUGCAACGGAGAAAACCGCCGGCUACAUGUCACUCAUGCACCGAGUCACGCUUCACGUUCAAGUGCGCGGCGACGAGUCAACCAGCAGUGCUACCGGUGACAGCCAGCUGAAACAGCUGAGCUUCAUCGUGAAGGAGAAAUCGGAGAAGGCGUUUGGCGGGGAGAUGGUCGAUAUGAUGAGAGCGUUUCCGAAGGAGGUGGAGGUCUACGCGACAAUGUUGCCGGCGUUUGAGAAGCUGUGGGAGGAUGUCGGUGAUGAGGUGAAGUUUGGACCACGUGUUUUCAAAGUCACGUCAACUCCAUUCACUGUCAUUGUGAUGGAGGAUUUGAAACUGACCGGUUACAGAAUGAAGGAAUGCAACGAUGGAUUAAGCCAGCAGGAUUGCGAAACAGUUCUGAAGAAAUUAGCCAAAUUUCACGUUGCUUCAGUAGUGUAUCAUGAGAAGAAUGGUCCCUACCCAGACGACUUCAAGGAUGGCAUGUUCUCUGAAGCGUUGAUAGCGGAGUUCGAACAGUACUAUGCCCCUUUGUUCGAUUCGUAUCUACAGGCGUUGGAGGAGCUCGGGUAUUCAGCGCAAAUCAUCGAAGCUCUCAAACCGAUGAGAGGCAAAAUCUACUCAAAAACCAGUCAACUAUUCAAGUUGGAUCCAGCGAAGUUCAACGUAUUGAAUCACGGAGAUGUUUGGAUUAACAACAUUCAAUUCAAUGACCAUGAUCUUCUCUUACUUGACUACCAGAUAUCAUUCUACGGAUCGCCCUCGUUCGACUUGCUCUACUUCAUUAUAAACUCGGCUUCGCUUGAUGUACGAACAGAACAGUUCGACCACUUGAUCGAUCACUACCAUCGGCAUCUGGUGGAAGGGAUGCAAAAGCUGAACGCCAAAACUCCAAGCCCGUCGCUUCAAGAACUUCAUGCGGACAUCCAGGCUCAUGGAUUUCUGGUUUGCGUCACUUCCAUGGAAGGGCUGGCAAUGAUGUUGGCCAUGCCCGAUCUGGAGCUGGACAUGGAUCUGCUGGGAUCGAUGGAGCCUGCAGGGGUUGAAUUUAGGAGGAAACUUUUUACAAAUGCCCGAUUUGUUAAGAUGAUCGAAAAACUGAUGCCUUUUAUGUGGGAGAAAGGGUUUCUGGUAGACGGGAUGGAAUAAAAGUUUUUAACUGUUUUA